AUGUAUUCCAAAAACCCAAGGUAUGACCUCGCCGCCUACCCAGGCGACCCUCGCCGCCGACUUCGUAAAAAUGUUCGAUUUGAAACGCCUGUCGAAGACGACGAUGAAUACCGUGAAUUUGAAGACAGUGACAGUGAUGAUCAAAAGUUUGAAGAUCGCGAUCCUCGAAAACGCGUUGAUCCCAUCCAACAUAUGCUACUCAUCCACCGUCUCAACCGUAUCUCCCAAUCCUCUAAACAUACUUUCCUCUUUAUGCUUGUGUGCUUUGUUUUUUUCUUUUUCAUCUUAAUCGGCUUUUUCUCACUUCGUUCUCAUUAA